CUGACCGACAACGUGAACACCAUGGCCCAGAAUCUCACCUCGCAGGUGCGGUCCAUCUCGGACGUGACGCAGGCCAUCGCCAAGGGUGAUCUCAGCAAGAAGAUCGAGGUGCACGCGCAAGGUGAAAUCCUGACCCUGAAGAUCACCAUCAAUAACAUGGUCGACCGUCUGGCCAAGUUCGCGACCGAGCUCAAGAGGGUGGCUCGCGAUGUCGGUGUGGACGGCAAGAUGGGCGGUCAGGCCAACGUGGAAGGCAUUGCUGGUCGCUGGAAGGAAAUCACGGAGGAUGUUAACACCAUGGCGGAGAACUUGACGUCCCAAGUGCGGGCCUUUGGGGAAAUCACCGAUGCCGCCACGGACGGCGACUUCACCAAGCUGAUAACCGUCAAUGCUUCGGGUGAGAUGGACGAAUUGAAACGCAAGAUCAAUAAGAUGGUUUCCAAUCUGCGUGACAGUAUUCAGCGAAACACCGCCGCUAGGGAGGCGGCCGAACUGGCAAACCGGACGAAAUCCGAGUUCCUGGCGAACAUGAGUCACGAAAUCCGAACCCCCAUGAACGGUAUUAUCGGCAUGACCCAGCUGACCCUCGACACCGACGACCUCAAACCGUAUCCCCGUGAGAUGCUGAAUGUCGUGCACAAUCUGGCCAACAGUCUCUUGACGAUUAUCGACGACAUCCUGGAUAUCUCGAAGAUCGAAGCCAACCGGAUGGUCAUCGAGAGUAUCCCCUUCUCCGUCAGAGGCACCGUGUUCAACGCGUUGAAGACGCUGGCGGUCAAGGCCAACGAGAAGUUCUUGAACCUGGCAUACCAGGUCGACAGCUCGGUGCCCGAUUAUGUCAUUGGCGAUCCGUUCCGUCUGCGCCAGAUCAUUCUGAAUCUGGUUGGCAAUGCCAUCAAGUUCACGGAGCAAGGUGAGGUGAAGCUCACGAUCAGCAAGUCCGAACGGGAACAGUGUGCUCCGGAUGAGUACGCGUUCGAAUUCUGUGUGUCGGACACCGGUAUCGGUAUCGAGGAGGAUAAGCUCGAUCUCAUCUUCGAUACCUUCCAGCAAGCGGAUGGCUCGACGACUCGCCGGUUCGGCGGUACCGGUUUGGGGCUGUCCAUCUCGAAGCGUCUUGUCAAUUUGAUGGGUGGUGAUGUGUGGGUCACGUCGGAAUACGGCCAUGGCAGCACGUUCCAUUUCACCUGUGUCGUGAAGCUGGCCGACCAGUCGCUUGACGCCAUCAGUUCCCAAAUGAUUCCGUACAAGAACCACCGGGUCCUCUUUAUCGACAAGGGCCAGACCGGUGGGCAUGCGGAAGAAAUCACCAAGAUGCUCAAACAGCUGGAGCUGGAGCCGUUGGUUGUCAAGGAUGAAGACGAAGUGCCUCCGCCGGAGAUCCAAGACCCGUCUGGCAAAGAGUCGGGCCACGCGUACGAUGUCAUCAUCGUCGACACGGUUGAUACGGCCCAAAAUCUGCGGACGUUUGACGAGUUCAAAUAUAUCCCCAUUGUUCUGCUCUGCCCGGUCGUUUCGGUCAGCUUGAAGUCGGCGCUCGACCUGGGCAUCACAUCGUACAUGACGACCCCAUGUCAACCCAUCGACCUGGGCAAUGGCAUGCUCCCGGCUUUGGAAGGCCGUUCGACCCCCAUCACCACCGACAAUUCCCGGUCGUUCGACAUUCUCCUUGCCGAGGACAAUGAAGUCAACCAGAAGCUGGCCGUGAAGAUCCUGGAGAAGUGCAACCACGGUGUCACGGUCGUCAGCAAUGGUCUGGAGGCCCUGGAGGCUGUGAAGAAGCGACGGUACGACGUCAUCCUGAUGGACGUUCAGAUGCCGGUCAUGGGAGGCUUCGAGGCGACGGCUAAGAUUCGUGAGUAUGAACGGGAGAAUUCGCUGUCCCGCACGCCGAUUAUUGCCCUCACUGCUCACGCCAUGUUGGGCGAUCGGGAGAAGUGUAUCCAAGCGCAGAUGGACGAGUAUCUGUCGAAACCUCUCAAGCAGAACCAGAUGAUACAGACCAUUCUGAAGUGCGCGACGCUUGGUGGAAAUUUCCUGGAAAAGAACAAGGAAUCCCGCCUCUCCGGUAGCGGCGAAGGGCAUUCUGGAGGCUCUCAUCCGGACGGCAGGCCCCAGCAGCAGCAGCAACAGCAGCGACCCGGUCUCGAGAGCAGAGCUCUUACCGCGCCGGGUUCGACUACCAAGGGCAGUUCGGAUAGGCCGUCUAAUGCGAAGUCGAGUGCGAGAUCGAGUGCGAAGUCGACUGAGAAGGCUUCUGAGAAGCCAGCUGUGAAGUCUACUGAGAAGCCAGCUGGG